GAUAAUGAAAAGAGGACUCCUUUACAUGCUGCUGCUUAUCUGGGAGAUGCAGAAAUCAUUGAGCUACUUAUUUUAUCUGGAGCUAGAGUUAAUGCCAAAGACAGCAAAUGGUUAACUCCCUUACACAGAGCUGUUGCAUCAUGUAGUGAGGAUGCUGUUCAGGUGUUGUUGAAGCAUUCAGCAGAUGUCAAUGCCCGUGACAAAAACUGGCAAACACCACUACACAUAGCAGCUGCAAAUAAAGCUGUUAAGUGCGCAGAAGCCUUGGUGCCACUUCUCAGUAAUGUAAAUGUGUCAGACCGUGCUGGUAGAACAGCAUUACAUCAUGCAGCCUUCAGUGGACAUGUUGAGAUGGUCAGUUUGUUGUUGUCUAGAGGUGCCAAUAUUAAUGCCUUUGACAAGAAAGACAGACGAGCUAUUCACUGGGCAGCCUAUAUGGGUCAUAUUGAUGUAGUAAAACUCCUUGUAGCCCAUGGAGCUGAAGUGACUUGUAAAGACAAGAAAUCCUAUACACCGCUACAUGCUGCUGCCUCCAGUGGAAUGAUCAGUGUAGUCAAGUAUCUUCUGGAUCUUGGAGUUGAUAUGAAUGAACCAAAUGCAUAUGGAAACACACCUCUUCAUGUUGCUUGUUUCAAUGGACAAGAUGUUGUAGUAAAUGAACUGAUAGACUGUGGUGCUAAUGUAAAUCAAAUGAACGAGAAGGGAUUUACACCUUUACAUUUUGCGGCUGCAUCAACCCAUGGAGCAUUGUGUUUAGAACUUCUGGUCUGUAAUGGUGCAGAUGUGAAUAUGAAGAGUAAAGAUGGGAAAACACCACUGCAUAUGACAGCAAUCCAUGGAAGAUUUUCAAGAUCACAAACCAUUAUCCAGAAUGGAGCUGAAAUAGACUGUGAAGAUAAGAAUGGAAAUACACCUUUGCACAUAGCGGCACGAUAUGGCCAUGAACUACUAAUCAACACAUUAAUUACGAGUGGUGCUGACACUGCAAAGCGGGGUAUACAUGGAAUGUUUCCUCUCCAUUUGGCAGCAUUAAGUGGAUUUUCAGACUGUUGCAGAAAACUGCUUUCAUCAGGCUUUGACGUAGAUACUCCAGAUGAUUUCGGCAGGACGUGUCUCCAUGCAGCUGCAGCUGGAGGAAACUUGGAGUGCCUAAAUCUGCUGCUCAACACAGGUGCAGACUUCAAUAAAAAAGACAAAUUUGGAAGAACUCCGCUACAUUAUGCUGCUGCCAACUGUAAUUACCAGUGCCUGUUUGCCCUUGUGGGUUCUGGAGCUAGUGUAAAUGACCUUGAUGAAAGGGGCUGUACGCCACUGCACUAUGCAGCUGCAUCUGAUACUGAUGGGAAGUGCCUGGAAUACUUAUUAAGAAAUGAUGCAAAUCCAGGUAUUCGAGACAAACAAGGAUACAAUGCUGUUCAUUAUUCUGCUGCUUAUGGUCAUCGCUUAUGCCUUGAAUUGAUUGCCAGUGAAACGCCUCUAGAUGUUCUAAUGGAAACUUCAGGAACUGACAUGCUGAAUGAUUCAGACAGCAGGGCACCAAUUAGUCCAUUGCACUUAGCUGCCUACCAUGGACACCAUCACGCUUUGGAAGUGUUAGUGCAGUCUUUGUUGGAUCUUGAUGUCCGGAACAAUAAUGGAAGAACGCCUUUGGACCUUGCUGCUUUUAAGGGACAUGUUGAAUGUGUGGAUGUACUCAUUAAUCAGGGAGCAUCUAUCUUGGUGAAAGACUAUGUUGUAAAGAGAACACCAAUACAUGCUGCAGCCACAAAUGGUCAUUCAGAAUGCUUGCGGUUGUUGAUAGGAAAUGCAGAGCCACAGAAUGCUGUGGACAUUCAAGAUGGAAAUGGACAGACUCCUUUGAUGCUGUCUGUUCUCAACGGGCAUACAGAUUGUGUCUAUUCACUGCUUAACAAAGGAGCAAAAGUAGAUGCCAAAGAUAAAUGGGGAAGAACAGCACUACACAGAGGGGCAGUUACUGGGCACGAGGAGUGUGUAGAAGCACUACUUCAGCAUGGUGCUAAGUCUACACUACGAGACUGCAGAGGACGGACACCUGUACAUUUGUCAGCUGCGUGUGGACAUAUUGGGGUAUUAGGAGCGCUUUUACAGCCAGUGGCAUCUGGGGAGGCAGUACCUCCCCUAGCAGACAAUCAGGGAUACACAUCAUUGCACUGGGCCUGUUACAAUGGUCAUGACAGUUGUGUGGAACUUCUUUUGGAGCAGGACGUUUUCCAGAAACUGGAAGGGAAUUCCUUCAGCCCAUUGCAUUGUGCAGUGAUCAAUGAUAACGAAGGUGCUGCUGAAAUGUUAAUUGAUACACUAGGGUCUGGCGUUGUAAAUUGCACAGCUGCAAAAGGAAGAACUCCCCUCCAUGCUGCUGCCUUUACAGACCAUGUAGAGUGCUUACAGCUUUUGCUCAGCCAUAAUGCACAAGUAAACUCUGUAGAUUCUUCUGGGAAGACUCCUCUAAUGAUGGCUGCAGAAAAUGGGCAAACAAAUACAGUCGAGGUGUUGGUAAGCAGUGCUAAAGCUGACCUGACCUUGCAAGAUAAAUGUAAAAACACAGCACUGCAUUUGGCUUGCAGCAAGGGUCAUGAAACUAGUGCCUUGUUAAUACUGGAGAAGAUUACAGAUAGAAAUCUCAUCAAUGCCACCAAUGCAGCCUUGCAAACGCCAUUGCAUGUUGCUGCUCGAAAUGGAUUAACAGUUGUAGUCCAGGAACUUCUAGGGAAAGGAGCAAGUGUGCUUGCAGUAGAUGAAAAUGGUUAUACACCAGCUUUGGCCUGUGCUCCUAACAAGGAUGUGGCUGAUUGCCUAGCUCUCAUUUUGGCCACAAUGAUGCCUGUUUCAUCAAGCAGUACCUUACCUUCCUUUACAUUCAAUGCCAUUAAUCAUUACACCAACACCUCAAAAACUGUCACCUUUGACUCCUUGCCAGUUAUCAGGAGUGAACAUAGCUCUUAUUGUAGUUUCAACAACAUUGGCAGGGAAGAUGGCUACACAUAUACAGAAGAAGAUGAACUUAAUGACUCUGAUUCUGAAACCUAUUAAGAAGCUCCAUUGGAGUUGUAAAGAGUGAACAUUUGAUGAAGUUCAAGAUUCGGGUGUUGGAGGAAGCAGUCUAAAUACAAAAAAAGGACAGCCCAAAGAGAAGAUUUUUAAAAAUGUGAGUGCAUAUGGAAGAUUUAUGCUGCUCCAAAGCAGGUUAUGCAAAGGUAAAAAUUCUUGAAAAUGCUUGGGAUCCAUGGUGCAAAAUGUUACAUAGAAUGUUGUUUAAUUGCAGUGUACUGGGUUGUCACUGGUGCGAGGAAUAAUCCCAACAAGGCUGUGCACCAUUGUCUGUGUAAGUGAACACAUGGUUGUACAACAAAGAAGACAACAGAUUUAAAUCCUACCAAUAAAACUAAGACCAUUUUGAAGGCAAUAAUUGAGUUUGGUACAGAAGGCAUUGUUUGUGCAGCAAAUUGCCAAAGGACCAAAUAACUUACACUUUUUAAUUAAAAAAAACUUUUUGAGAAAACUUGAAUAGAUUAAGUAAGUAAAUAGUCUUAACCAACCCUUGAAUUAAUUCUGGCAAAUAAUCCUAGACUUGGUUUUAAAUGUUGAUUUGUUUUUAAUCGUUUAACAGCCUUCCGACACUAUUAAAUGUACCACAAAAAAAAGGAGAUGUGCUUUUCACUUGUGUAUGUUCUUUCAGAUGAGAUGGAAAAGAACUUGUCAAAGUCUUACAGUACUGUAACUGUAGCCAGCUUAGCCAGGUUGCAGUCAGGGUGAAAUUUAUACAAGUAUAAUAAAGGAAGGUGAGUCAGGGAUGCAGUCAUGAGUGCAGAUUCCCCUGCCCCCUUUAGAAACAAUCCUGCUGUGUUAAAAUAUUUUUUAUUCAAAAUACAAGAAUGAUAAUUACCUUGACAAGUGAGACUGCACCAAAAACAGAACUGCAAUAUCCUGACACUCUGAUAGGCUGCCUUAGAGGAAUGGAAUUUUUUUACAAUUCACCCAAUCUUCUACAUCAUAAAGUAAAAGGAGAUUUGUGCCUCUAUGGUGUAUAUAAUUUUUUAAAAAACUCCUAGGGUUUUAAGGCACUGGAUGUGGUUAUGGGUGAUAAAAAUAGUUUCCUUAUCAAACAGGUACAGUGUCGGAUCUUCGGGAACAUAAUAUACUAUUGUCUAGCAGCUUAUCAAAAGAUAAGUUCCCUCUGCUAUAAUUAAAAUGAAUUCUAAGUUUCUCUAAUUUAUAACAGGCUACUGUAAAAAAUUGAAGACUGGAAAACUUUUUACCAACCUAAGCUGAAGUUUCUGUUUAAGUAGAGGUAUUUACUUUAUUUGGUUCUGCUUUAAUUGAAAGAUAACAGUUAUAAUUAAAUGCUUAUGUACAUGCAAGAACAUUUUCUUGCAUGUUGAGGUAAAAUACAAAUAAAUUGCUAUAAACUGUACCCCACCUUUUAUCCUUUUUGUAUUGUGAAACUGGAAACCCUAAUGCCAUUGUAAAUUAUCAGCUUGUUUUCUGAACAAAGUGUGGAAACACAGGACAGUAUUUUGAUCUAUUUGAUAAUUUUGUGGGUUUUUGAAGAAUUAAUGAGCAUGUACAUAGAAAUAGCAACUGCUUGAAUACUGUAUUUACCUGCACUCUUUGAGUACAUCAAGAUUCCUGUGUAUAUUUUACAGAGUAUAAUAAA